AUUCAUUGCUAGUAUUACCACGACAGGAAUAAGCCCGCACCGCCGAGGUGGGCACAUGCCCGUAGUAGGGAAGAAAACCGAUGACAAGACUAGAGUAAACAGGAGGGCCCGACACCGAGAGGAAGAGAAGCGAAACGCCCGCCCGAUCCACCCGGCCAGAGAUGUAAACAUGCCAUCCAUGUCUCGGUUCGCUCAUCGUGCGUCAUAGGGUACGCGGGCAGCGCACAAGGUGUAGCUACAAAUCGAACAAUCGAACAAAUGCCUGAUUCCAUGGGUCCGACGGUGUUCUUUCGAUUUCGAGAUGCGUGCGCGCACCGGCCAAUUCCUAAAGUACCAGCUUGCAAACACAUACAUAGCUACCUACCCCAUGCGGAUAUGCCAUGUGGAUGACCUCCUCAGCCAUGUGUCCUCAGGAUUGCUGUGCUCUUCUCCCGCGGCGGAAUCUUCCCCAUAGGCCCCUCACCACCAACCGUCCGGCGGACGCGGAGAAAGAUGGAGGAAGACCCCAUUUUCCAGCUGGCAGGUUCUCAAAUCUCCUCCCCCGCAAAACAUGGGGAAUGACCACAACCGGGCAACCAACCUCUACGACGGCUUGGAACCUUGCCUUUGCCUGGGGAGGGGGGAGAGGUGUUUCUCCGGGCCUCGAUGGCCCUCCCCAUAAAAUCGAUGAUAGCCGAUAUAUGUAUGAGAUAUGUUAUCUAUGGUAUUGUGCCCACAACUGCGCGGCUAGGCCGUCUCGCCUUACUUGGCCACGCCCCGCCCGCCCGAACAUGGAACCCUGCGACGCCUAUGCAACCCGCGCCGCGAUGCCCUGCUUCUCUCGCCUCUCUCCCUCCCCGGCUCCCGUGACCAAGCGACGCUCCCCGAGAGCCGACGGAGCUGAAGCAAAAGAACAGGAAGCGAGGAGAAGGAGAGAGAAGAAAAGACGGCCCCGAGAAAAGGCCCAACCUCGGCGGAAGGCGAACUUGGGGGCGAGACGCGCCGCACGAGACAAGGCGAGCCGCCCGAGCGAGACCCGUGAAACUCUAAACUAGCAGGUGAGAAAGGAAAAAAAGAACCAAGACAAGCCGUGAAGACACACACGAACGACAGGACAGGACAGGAGCGGCGAAGAAAACAGAAAAAAAAAAGGAAAAAGAAAAGAGAAACUCGAGGGAAGAAAAAAAGGGAGGAACUUCGCCGUCGGGUUACUGGAUUCGGAAACCCCGGGUUUCGUUUUGAUCACUCUCACUUCCAAGAAAUUGGGGGAACGAUGGCUUAGGGAGAGGAGAAGAGCAGAGCCGUAGUUACGAGGUGAGAACAAUUGUGAGAUGAGAAACGGGGCUGGGAUUGUAUACAGGCAAGGCAGCCAGCCAGCCAGCCAGCCAGCAGCCAAGGCAGGGCACGAGUGUACUGAGUCGGCGUCGUG